CCGAAGCAGCUCGUGGGGAGCAUUGCGGCAGGCUGGCAGGCUGGCAGAGUGAAGACUUGACCGUAGACCAUCUCACCUCAGCCUAGCUGCAAGCCCCCCGGGAUGCACUGGGCAUGGCCUCUGCAGCCCCACAGAACAGCCGACAGAUGACCUGUGACACUGAGAUCCCAGACUUCCUAGACACACUCCUCCGAGACUUCCCAGCCCCACUGAGCCUGGAGAGCCCUCUGCCAUGGAAGGUCCCAGGGACAGUACUGAGCCUGGAAGAGGUGGAGGCUGAGCUGGCUGAGCUGGCAAUGGGCUUCCUGGGCAGCAGGAAUGCUCCCCCACUGUUUGCUGCAGCCGUGACCCACGAAGCAGUUUCCCAGCUCCUACAGACUGACCUUUCUGAAUUUAAGAAGUCACCUGAACAAGAGGAAGAGGAAGAGGAGGAGGAGGAAGAGAAAGCCCCUGUGACCUUAUUAGAUGCCAAAGGCCUGGCACGGAGCUUCUUUCACUGGCUUUGGAAAGCAUGUAGCCAGUGGCACAAGCAGCUGCCGUUGGCUGCCCAGGCCCCUCAGCGGCAGUGGCUGGUCUCUAUCCAUGCCAUCCGGAACACACGGCGCAAGAUGGAGGAUCGGCAUGUGUCCCUUCCCACUUUCAACCAGCUCUUCGGCUUGUCUGACUCAGUGGACCGUGCCUACUUUGCUGUGUUUGACGGCCACGGAGGUGUGGAUGCUGCAAGGUAUGCCUCUGUCCACGUGCACGCCCAGGCUGCUCACCAGCCAGAGCUGCUCACAGACCCGGCCGCGGCCCUCAAAGAAGCCUUCCGGCGCACUGACGACAUGUUCCUCUGGAAAGCCAGGCGAGAGCGACUACAGAGUGGCACCACGGGGGUGUGUGCGCUCAUCACAGGAACAAUGCUGCAUGUCGCCUGGCUUGGAGACUCCCAGGUUAUCCUGGUACAGCAAGGGCAGGUCGUGAACCUGAUGGAGCCACACAGACCAGAGCGACAGGAUGAGAAAGCACGGAUUGAAGAGCUGGGCGGCUUCGUUUCACUCAUGGACUGCUGGAGAGUCAACGGGACCCUGGCAGUGUCUAGAGCCAUUGGAGACGUCUUCCAGAAGCCUUAUGUGUCUGGCGAGGCAGAUGCGGCAUCCAGGGAGCUAACGGGCUCGGAGGACUACCUGUUGCUUGCCUGCGAUGGCUUCUUCGAUGUCGUCCCCCACCAUGAAGUCACGGGGCUCGUCCAUAGCCACCUGAUCAAGCAGAACGCCAGUGGCUUGCAUGUUGCUGAGGAGCUGGUGGCUGUGGCCCGUGACCGGGGCUCCCAUGACAACAUCACAGUCAUGGUGGUCUUCCUGAGGGACCCGCUGGAGCUGCUGGAAAGUAGAGCCCAGGGGACAGGGGAUGCCCGAGCAGAUGUAGGAAGCCAGGAGUUGCCCACUGGCCUCUCAGAACUUGAGACCAACACCUCACAGAGCAGCUAAGUGGUCAAGGCCCCAGGCCCCAUUCUGUCUUUCCCUCUGCCCUUGUGAUCCCUCCCCCUCAAAGACCUUAGAUCAAACAGGUAUAAUAACGGGCAGAGGUGCACACCCUCACAGCAUUCCCUUAGCAACCCAGCCCUUCAUGUUGCCUGCCUGUCUUCAUAGAUACAGAGCUGCAGUAGGCAGCAUGGGACCUCAGAUGGAAGCAUAGGAAAAUGGCUGAGAUGAGCAGGGCAGGACAGGGCUGGCCACAGAAACCACAGGCACCUGCCGGCAGCCUAACCAAAAACACAGGUCUUGGGGACCCUCACACAGACCUUUCAGGCCCAUCCUGGGAUGAGGUCUCCAGCCCAGUGUCCAGCCUCGGCUUAUGGCUUCUCUCUGUACCCAAGCCUGGGGUUUGGUCUACACUAACAGACAGGCUUGCAGUCCUGCUUGACUGAGCGUCCCAAAGAGGAGACAUUGGCCUGUGUGGGAGGAGCACCAGGGGACUGGUCCACUGCCAUUCCACACUGAGUGCUAUGGCUACUAGGGCCUUCUAGACUUCUCCCUUUCCCUCGAGCAUCCUGGGGAGGUGAAGUCAGGUGUGUGUGUGUGUGUGUGUGUGUGUGUGUGUGUGUGUGUGUGUGUGUCUUUUGUUUGUGUGCUUAGAUUUACUGCAGGGAACGGUCUAAUCCAGAGUCAGUAUUCAGGUUUUGUCGUGUUUUAUCAGUGCCAAGCUGACCCACAAGGUCAUGUAAUUUAAGCAAAGCUUAGCAUUUAUUUUAUUCCUGAGAAGUAUUUUACUUUUGUGUGUUCAAUGGAGACAUUUGCAGUAUUAUUGAUUUUUUCCCCCCUAAAUCAGGAUGGAAACAAACUUUUUCAGGUUGUGGUAAUAAGCCACUUAAGUGCCUUAAACAGCUUUGGCAUAGACAGGAACUACGGGGCAUCGUGGGCCCUGAUAGGCAGACAUGUUGGGUUCUCAAAAAGGCAGUAUGUGUUGUGGGAAGACAUGCUUUGGGCUGGCACUCGGUCUGGGAAGGACCUUUUGUCCUUCUUGGCACCUCAGAACUUCCUUGAAAUGAUCAGCAGAGGCUGUGACUGGGCGUCUGGGGUGACACUGGCCUCCUUGCUCACCCUUGGAGUCCGGCUGGGAAGACCUUACUGCUGUGCUCUAGGAUUAGGAAUUCCAGACUCUCUUGAUGUGUUUGUAAUCACAUUGAGCACAUUGCUCAGGGAAGGGACUUUGACCAGGCCAGCUGUCUAGAGCCCUGGGGCGGGGAGGCUGCUAGCAGCCAGGCAGCCACAGUCACCACCUUUCCUUUGUGGCUGGUGUCCUUCCCUGCUGGACUCUGUCCCCUACCUAAGCAACAUUCCUAGAGCAGUGAUGGAUAGAAUCGGACAGGGAGGAGGAAGGGCAGCCAGAGUGGAAGGACUGAGGUGGCCCUCAGCAAGGGCCAACUGUGAGUCACGCUGUUCCGUGCGGACACUGGCAGGGCCAGAGGGUAACAGUGGCUUAGCAGAGGCCUAGGGAGGGCAGCAGUAGGAAGGAGAGAGCACUAGUGAGGCCUGCAGAGCUUUGCUCAGUGCACCUAAGCCCUCUUUUAGAAGAAGCAAGGAAGCUUGUGCAUUUGCCCCUGAGGCAAAUCC